AUGGACGCUCAGGCGUACGAGUUCUGGGUCGCGAAGGUUCUGCUGCACACCCUCUCGGCGCUGGCCUACUGCCACUCGCGCGCCGUGAUCCACAAGGACCUGAAGCCGGAGAACGUCAUGAUGUGCUCUCCCCGGGACGCGCCCGUGCAGGACAUGCACGUGGUGGUGGUGGACUUCGGCCUCGCGGAGGUCUUCUCCCACCCGACGGACCGCAGCGCCGUCGUGUCUGGGACGCCCCCGUACAUGGCCCCUGAGGUGUGGCAGGGCAACUUCAGCAAGAGCUGCGACAUCUGGUCGGUCGGCUGCAUGCUGUUCUUCCUCCUGUCUGGCAGGCUGCCGUUCCAGGCCCCCACGCUGAAGGAGUUCCCCAAGGCGGUGCAGGCGGAGCCCGACUGGAGCUCCUUUCCGGGCGCCACGCAGGAGGCGCGGAGCAUGUGCAGGCGGAUGCUCAACAAGAGGGAGUGCCUGCGGGACCCCUGGUUCGUGGGCACCGGCGUCCUGGCGGGCAGCCCCGCGGCCCGGGCCCUGGACCAGGGCGGCGAGCUCCUGAAGAGCAUCCCCCCCGGAGGGCCGCGCGGCGGCACGGCCAUGGGCACGAGCCCCUCGGGGGCUCUGCCCGAGGGCGUCCAGGUUGGAGCUGGCUGGGAGCGCCUGGGGGUGCUUGGGAGCGCCUCCAGGCCCUUGCGUGUGCCGCUCGUCGGUCCUCCCGGCGUCGCCGCUGUGGGCGGGCGGUCUGAGUUCGAGAAGUUCGUCACGCGGCUGGUGGCCACGCAGCUGGACGCCGGCCAGCAGCGGAGCGCCAACGAGGCCUUCCGCGCCUUCGACACCGACGGCGACGGGCUCCUGUCGCGCGAGGAGCUCCGCCGCGGGCUCGCCGGCCUCGCCGCCUCGCCGGAGGCGCUGGAGAAAGUGGUCAACGAGCUGGACGUCGGCCGCACCGGGCAGGUGUCGUACACGGAGUUCCUGGCGGGGGUCAUCAACCUUCGGGGGCAGACCCAGGAGGAGCAGGACAAGCUGCUGUGGGUCGCCUGGGCCCAAUUCUGCCCAGACGAGAGCGGAAGGGUGAAGGCGGCGUCCAUCCAGGACGCCCUCGCCACCCGCGGCAUGACAGUGGCGGACCUGCCGGACGGGUUUCUCGCGGCCCUGCGGAAGGAGUCCGACGGCACCCUCUCCUUCGAGCUGUUCAAGGAGCUCCUGCUCUCGGACAGCUCCGGCGAGGUAGUGCGCACGCUCGCGGACGAGAAGCAGCGCGGGGGCAAGCUGUUCCGCUGGGUAAUGAGGAGGCUCGACCGCGACGCCGCGACCUGAGCGAUCUGCCCUCCCCUCAGUGGCGGCGCGCCGCUGGCGGGGCCCCGUCGUAGUGGGGGUGGAGGACGACGAGGGCCCCCUCUGGUGGCGAGGCGGCCGUGGCCCUUCGAGCUGCGAGCUGCGGGGGGGUAAGCUCGGCGCGGUGGCCCGCUGCGGCCCCAGAAGAGGUGCCUUCCGACAGCGCCCGGCGUUUCAACUUUUUUCACCCGUGCGCCAAGCACGGGGCUCGGGUUCUUGUUCUCAGUGAUUGGUUUUGGGCGGAUUUCCAUGGCCUGGUGAACCCACUGCGACGUCGGAUCUUUGGCCACCCCCUCCCCCUAUGGCGCUCGUCUCGUUGGUUUCCUCCUCCACCGAAUCGGCAUCGGCAGCACUCCAGGUCGAGCCUGGGGACCAGUUCUUCUUGGCUGGAUAAGCUGUGCCGUCCUUUAGUCUGUGCAGGCUGGGCACGAAUGCCUUCCCGUUUCUUACAGUAGCGCCCCGCGAAGCGACGGUAAAGAAG